GGGAAUGUCCGCACUCCCGCGUUCUACCCGACCGCAUCCGGCGGCAGCCCGGCCUGUGGCUCCCCCUGCGGGCGACUCAGCGGCGUGCAUAGUCGGGCCGGCUGGCAGGUGGGGUGCCGAGGCUUGGGCAGCAUGACGACGGAAACCUUCGUGAAGGAUAUCAAGCCAGGGCUCAAGAAUCUGAACCUCAUCUUCAUUGUGCUGGAGACAGGCCGAGUGACCAAGACAAAGGACGGGCACGAGGUUCGGACCUGCAAAGUGGCAGACAAAACUGGCAGCAUCAACAUCUCGGUUUGGGACGACGUGGGCAACCUAAUCCAGCCUGGGGACAUUAUCCGGCUCACCAAAGGGUAUGCUUCAGUGUUCAAAGGUUGUUUGACACUAUAUACUGGCCGUGGGGGUGAUCUACAGAAAAUUGGAGAAUUCUGUAUGGUUUAUUCUGAAGUUCCCAACUUCAGUGAGCCGAAUCCAGAGUACAGCGCCCAGCAGGCUCCCAACAAGGUGGUGCAGAACGACAGCAGCCCUUCGGCCCUCCAGCCUACCACUGGACCCCCUGCUGCUUCUCCAGCCUCUGAGAGCCAGAAUGGGAAUGGGCUGAGCGCCCCGCCAGGUCCUGGUGGUGGCCCGCACCCUCCUCACACGCCUUCCCACCCACCCAGCACCCGAAUCACCCGCAGCCAGCCCAACCAUACAUCUGCUGGCCCUCCUGGCCCCACCAGCAACCCUGUCAGUAACGGCAAAGAAACCCGAAGGAGCAGCAAGAGAUAGCAAAACACUCCUCAUUCCUUCCUGCCACCAACUGCAACCCAGGUGUCUCUGCUGGAGAACAAGACAGCCUUCUUACUGGGCUGCUAGUUUGUGGGGAGGGGUAGCGGUAUCUUAGCCACUAAACUUCAUUGGUGGGGCAGUGAGCAGUGGCCUUAUCUUCCCUAAGCCUGUGUUUGCCCCUCGUCCAGCUGAAGCUGCCUGUCCCUUGGGACUCAUAGCACUCUGCCCUCCUUCCUCUUUAGAAGCGACAGUUACAGUCUAUUUCUUGUGUGUGAUGUGGGAGCCUAACUGAAAUUCCACUUUCCUAAUAAAUGUUAUCAUUCUGCACUA